AUGCGAUUUCAUCUGACCCUUUUUUUGCACCUCAGGUGGCUCGGGUACCUGAAAGCUCAAGAUGAAUGCGACACAGGUGCCUGUCAUCCUGCCCCUGGCGAUCUCCUCAUGGGCCGCGUUUCCCAGCUCACAGUGUCUUCUACCUGCAGGCUGAACGCAGCCCAGAAGUACUGCAUCCCCAGGUACCUGGAGGGAAAGCAAAAGUGCUUCAUCUGUGACUCCCGAUUUCCAUACAACCCUUACACCCAACCCGACAGCCACACCAUCGAGAAUGUAAUUACAAAGUUUGAACCAGACAGAGAAAAGAAAUGGUGGCAAUCUGAAAAUGGUAUUGAUCACGUGAGCAUCAGGUUGGACCUAGAGGCGCUAUUCCAGUUCAGCCACCUUAUACUGACCUUUAAGUCUUUUCGGCCUGCUGCAAUGUUAGUGGAACAUUCCAUGGACUUCGGACACACCUGGAAAGCACUGAAGUACUUCGCACAAGACUGCACUGCCUCCUUUCCUGAGGUCCCACCUGGACAGGCCCAGGGAGUCGGAGACCUUGUUUGUGACUCCAGAUACUCAGAUAUUGAGCCUUCAACAGGUGGUGAGGUUGUUUUAAAAGUUUUGGAUCCCCGCUUUGAAAUAGAAAGCCCUUACAGCCCCUAAAUCCAGGACCUCGUGACACUGACAAGCCUGAGGAUAAACUUUACCAAACUCCACACCCUUGGGGAUACUUUAUUUGGAAGGGAGCAAAACGACUCCCUGGAUAAAUACUACUACGCGCUGUACAAGAUGGUUGUUCGGGGGAGCUGUUUCUGCAAUGGCCACGCCAGUGGAUGUGGCCCACUGCAGAAGGCUCGGGGAGACCCUUCCAGCCCUGCGGGAAUGGUCCGCGGCCGCUGUGUCCGUCAGCACAACACCGCCGGCCCCCACGGCGAGCGCUGCGAGGACUUCUUCCAGGACGCUCCUUGCAGGCCCGCCGUGGGCCCUGGGGACAGCGUCUGCCGACAAGGAGCUCUCCUCUCCUUCGCAGCCUGUCACUGCAACGGCCACUCGGACCGCUGUCACUUCGACCCGGCCGCGUACCUGGCCAGCAGCGGCGUGAGCAGCGGCGUGUGUGAGAGCUGCGCACACCACACCGAGAGCGCACACUGCGCGCCGCGGGAGCGCUGCCGGCCGCGCUUCUACCGACCUUGCAGGGCCGCCUCCCACCCGCGCGCCUGCCUGCCCUGUGAGUGCGACGCUGAUGGGAACGUGUCUGGCGGCAUUUGUGUGAGCCACUCUGAGCCUGUCUCGAGCGCUGUGGCCAGCCAGUGCUUGUGUAAGGAGAACGUGCAAGGAGCCAAGUGUGACCAGUGCAAAGGCAACCACUACGGACUGAGCGCCUCAGGCCCCCGGGGCUGCCAGCCCUGCAACUGUGACCCCCUCGGGAGCCUGCCGGUCUCAGCUUGUGACGCAGAUACAGGCCAGUGUUUGUGCAGGGCCUUUGUCACCGGACCACGCUGCAAAGAGUGCGCCGUUGGCUACUGGGGCCUGGGCCCUCAUCUCCAUGGAUGUUCUCCCUGCGACCGUGAUACUGGAGGUGCUUAUUCUAACACCUGCACACCCGAGGAUGGGCAGUGUGAAUGCCGCUCCCACGUUGUUGGCCGAAGCUGCACCAAACCUGCCCCCGGCUACUUCUUUGCUCCUUUGAAUUUCUACCUCUCUGAGGCAGAGGAAGCCACGCCCCUCCAAGGACUGGCGCCUUUGGGAAAGAUAUUUACAUUCCUCUUGGUGACUUUUGGCCAGGUGCCACCGGUUCACGUUGUUUUCUGAGAGCCUGUUCCUGGGAACCCAGUUACAUGGACCGGACCUGGAUUUGCCAAGGUUCUCCCUGGGGCUGGCUUGAGAUUUGUUGUCAACAACAUUCCUUUUCCCAUGUACUUCACCAUCGCCGUUCGCUAUGAAACUCAGUCUGCAGCUGACUGGGCUGUCCAGGUGGUGGUCACCCGAGGAGGGAGCGGCUACUGCACACCCAAGACUCCACGGCCCAAGCCUCCGACUUUUGCGUUACCGGCGACCGCCAGAGUUGUGCUGCUUCCCACACCCAUCUGUUUAGAGCCAGGCAUGCAGUAUUCCAUCAAUGCCUAUUUUUCUCAGUCUUUGGAAGGAGAGUCCUACACUCACUCCCAUAUCCUGGUGUAUUUGCUCGACCUUAUUCCCCGAACCUGUCCAUUAGAGGCUUCCUGCAGGCAGCAGGCCAUGGCGGAGGAUCAGCUGCACAGCUGUGUUGAAGCCACCUCGGAAGUGGGGCCUCGAGUGGUCCCCGGUGCGUGUGAAAGGCUGGUCGCCAGCAUCUCGGCCAAGCUGCACAACGGCGCAGUGUCCUGCAAGUGCCACCCCCAGGGCGUGGUCGGGCCCCAAUGCAGCCCAUUGGGAGGCCAGUGCCAGUGCAAACUCCGCGUGGCUGGGCGCUGCUGUGACAGGUGCUCCGCGGGAAGCUGUGGUUUGGGACAUCAUGGCUGUCACCCAUGUGACUGCCAUCCUCAAGGCUCAGAGAACACGGUAUGUGACCCAAUAACUGGUCAGUGCCCCUGCCACGGAGAGGCGGCCGGCCGCCGUUGUGAUCAGUGUCUGGUGGGCUACUUUGGAUUUCCCAGCUGUCGCCCAUGCCCUUGUAAUGGGUUUGCUGAACUUUGUGAUCCAGAGACAGGGUCAUGCUUCAAAUGCAGGGGCUUUACAACUGGAAGAAACUGUGAAAGGUGCAUCGAUGGUUACUAUGGAAACCCUUCUUUAGGACAAUCUUGUCGACCUUGCCUGGGUCCAGAUGUUCCCUCGAGCAGUCGGUAUUUUGCCCGUUCAUGUUAUCAGAAUCCUCGGAGCUCAGAUAUAAUCUGCAAUUGUCUGCAGGGUUAUACAGGGACCCAGUGUGUGGAAUGCGCUCCUGGUUUCUAUGGCAAUCCACAAGUUUGCGCACCUUGCCAGCCAUGUGUCUGCAACCACAACAUAGACGUGACUGACCCAGAGGCCUGCAGCCGGGUGACAGGCCUCUGCCUUCAAUGUCUGCACAAUACCCAGGGCCCAAACUGCCAGCUCUGCAAAGCAGGUCACUUUGGCUCUGCCCUCAAUCAGACCUGCAAAAGCUGCUCCUGCCAUCCUCCCAGGGUGAGGCCCUCGGAGUGUCCGUGCCUCUGUGACCCUCUCACUGGGGCGUGCCCUUGCCUGCCCAAUGUCACCGGCCUGGCCUGUGACCGCUGUGACGAUGGAUACUGGAACCUGGUCCCUGGCAGAGGGUGUCAGCCGUGCAACUGUGACUCCAGGACCUCUCGGAAUAGCCACUGUGACCAGCUUACAGGCCAAUGUCCAUGCAAAUUAGGCUACGGUGGGAAACGCUCCAAGGAGUGCAAGAAUUAUUAUGCGGAUCCAUUCGGGCGAUGCAUGCCAUGCAAUUGCAACAGGGAAGGAACCCAGCAGCCCUUCUGUGACCCGGCCACGGGCGUGUGUCACUGCCGGGAGGGAGUCAGCGGCCAGCAGUGUGACCGCUGCGCCCGGGGUCAUGGCCAGGAAUUCCCUACUUGCCUUCGACGUCACCUCUGCUUUGAUCAGUGGGACCAUGUCACUUCUUCCCUCUCUGAAGCAGUGCGAGGGUUGAUUAGACUGGCUGCUAAUGUGCAAGUCAGCUGUGAGGCCGAGUUCAGAGGCCUCAAAGAAAGCCUGUCUGACAUAACCAGGAUUUUGAAACAUCCUGUUUUCUCAUCCGGAGAGCUCCUAACAGUCCAGGAUUACCAUGACUCUGCAAGAAAACAGAUCAUGCAGCUAAGUGAACAACUGAAAACAGUGUAUGAAUUUCAAGAUCUGGAAGAAACCACUGUAAGACUGAGGAAUGAAACAGAUCUCUUGCUUGAAUACCUUCAGCAGCAGAUGAAUUUGCAAUCCAGUGUCCUGAAUGCAAGUAUUGUGGAUUGCUUAGAAAACAUCAAGAAGUAUUAUCACAUAUCAUCAUCUGCUGAAAAGAAAACUAACAAAACUAGUUCCAUCAUAAAUAACUCUAAAAACGCCAGAAUCGGCUUGCUUACCAUUUUGGAUACACUGACCUCAAAAGAAAACUUGUUGGAGAAAUUAAAACAGAUUAAAAUAACAGAUAUCCAAAUUUUGAAUGAAAAGGUGUGCGGAGGACCAGGGAACCUGUCGUGCAGCCUCUCGCCCUGUGGGGGCGCUCUCUGCACGGGCCCCGGCGGGCGCAGGCGGUGCGGCGGGCCUAGCUGUCAAGGCGCCCUGAUGCUCGAGAGCGACGCGCGCGGAAAGGCCCAGGAGGCGGAGUCUGUGAGUCAGAAUCUGGACAACCAGGCCCAAGGGCUGAAGAAUCGGAUAAAAAAUAUAAGUAAACUGGUAGACAUCUCCAAAAACAAUGCCAUACUGCUAAGUGAGAAACUGGAAAAUAUGAAAAACCAAAGUGAAACUGAGGAAGAAAAAAAUGAAGCUUUUCAUCAGAAAAGCAAAAAACUUUUUGUUAAGGAAAACGUGCCUCCCGAGGACAUACAGAAGGUCGCGAAUCAUGUCCUUGACAUCCACCUACCAAUAACAUCACAAAAUUUAACCUGUGAACUUGAGGAAAUACAGAAACUUAUACAACUGUGUGAGAACAACAGGACAGAGAAGAACAGGCUAAAUAAAGCAACAGAUGGAGCCUGAAAGCUUUUGGAGGAGGCGAAAGUAGCUGAGAAAGCAGCAGAUGUUCUCUCAAACCCUGACAAAGUGGUGGACAACUUGGAGCAAGCGAAAAUCACUCAAGGCCAGGCAGACUCUGCCGUCACACAGCUGAUGGCUGAGAUAACACAAAUGAGAAAGAGUGCACUGCAGGCUGAAAACGGAGCCAAGGAAGUGAAGAAUAAGCUGGACUUAGCAAAGCACCACCCAGAGCCAGAGGGUGGACUCGCCAUGCUGCAGACCAAGUGGCAAAGGAACCAAGCCCAGGCGGGCAGGGCCACAGAGCAGGCGGGGUCAGCGAGUCACCAAGCUGAGGGUGCCAGGUAGAAGUUGGUUGAGCUGAGAAAACAGUAUGCUUUUCUUCAACCUGAGACCAGCACUGCAGGACUAAUAAAGGAAACAUUAGAAAGAGUGAAACAGCUAAAAGAUGCUGCAGAAAAACUGGCUGGAGAGACAGAGGACAAGAUGAAAAGAAUAGCAGAUUUAGAAAAGAAGAUCCAGGAUUUGAACCUAAAUAGACAAGAAAAAGCUAAUCAACUGCAACAAUUACAAGACCAAGCCAUUGCCAUUAAAAAUGAAAUUGUUGAGCAAGAAAAUAAAUAUGCCACCUGCCACAGUUAGGCAGAGCUGCAGCACAAAGGCUAUUCCUGUGUGUCUGGCACAAACUGCACAGCUGUGCUGAACUUGUGAAAUCCAAAGGUGGCCUCUCCUCCUGUUUCCCUGUUCUCACUGCAGACCUGCCCAGUGCGGCCAGAGGAAGGGACCAGGGAGAGAAAGGCCACCACCAGCACCUCCUCAUAACGGAAAGAGGGAAGGAAAGAGAUGUCUCAGUUUCAAAAACCUUUCCUCUUGCCUCUUUUUUCUUUCAAAACUUAAAAAUUAUUGGUGUAUGUGGCAAGGGAAAAUGUAAAUACGUUCUCUACUUACUAAUAGUCAUUUCAGUCCAAUGGCCCUAAACAUUUAAAUCAAGAUCUCUACUACUUGGAAGGAGUAAAUAUGGAUGUCAUGAACUGGGUUUUCCUAUGCUUUCCAUUUAUUUGAAUUGGCUUUUAUUUGUAAAACUAUUAUUCCAUUCUGAAUAAAAUGGUACUUGUGUUUAUGCCCA